AUGGAUUUGAAGAAUAAUGGAAAUAUUGAACCGGUUGAUUGGAGAGAUGAUAAAACUUUACAAGAUUGUAUGACGUACAUGUUAGAAAAAGAAGCGAUGUGCGACGUCACUUUCCGUGUAGGAAAAGGACGUAAAUCAAUAAAAGCACACAAGAAUAUCCUUGCGAGUCGCAGUGACGUAUUCCAUACGAUGUUUGAAGGUUCACUUCCUGAAAAAGAAGAAAUCGAUAUUCCUGAUAUUGACGAGGAUACAUUUAAAAAAAUACUUCGAUAUGCAUACACUGAUGUGGUUAAAAUAUCCAACAAGAAUGUUACGAGCAUGUUAUACGCUGCUGAAAAAUACAUGCUGACAACAGUCAAGACAAAAUGUUCUGAACGACUAAGAUCAACUGCAACAUCUGCUGAUGCAGUUGUAACCCUGUCAACAGCAAACCAAUUCCACCUUGAAGAUCUUCUGAAAGAAAGUUUACAAUAUAUUGAAGAAAAUACAGAAAUAUGUCUGUCAUCAAGUUAUGCAGUUGAACUGAAUAGCGAUUGUGUUCAAAUGAUUCUAAUGUCUGAACAUCUUUCUUGUUCCGAGACUGAGGUUUGCAAUUUUUUCUUAAAGUGGAUAGAAACCCAGUGUACAAUGCAGGGUCAAGAGGUGAAUGCAAAGAACAUGAGAGGCAUAGCAGAAGGAUUAAUGCGUUUCAUAAGAUUUCCGCUUGUAGAGAAAAAAUAUUUUUCAAACGAAGUUUCACAUUCCAAGUUACUUACAAAAGAUGAAAUAAUUAGUGUGUAUCGUUACCAUCAUGGCGAAAAAAGUUUACUGUUUUCAGAUAAACCUAGAUAUCCGAUGAUCCCAAACAAGAAUGGUCAAACUAUUUGUAUAUAUCGACAUGCAACGUGCAAUUAUACAGUUCAAAGCUGUUUAACACAUGCUUUGAAGUUUCAUUUAAACAGAUCUAUUUGGCUAAAAGGAUGUAUCAUUUUCGGACCAGCAGAAACACAUAACAGUUAUGGUAGGUAUCAAGCAGACAAUGAGUCCAUCGUGUCCAGAAAUGAUUAUUAUGAUAGCGAAGAAGAAUGUAGGCCCAUAAUUGAGAGCACUGAGGAUUCUCAUAACGAAGAAGACAGUAAGUUCACAUUUGAGUUAACCGAUGAUUCUGAUAAUGUGGUAUGCUGGGAGGUACUAGACAUAACAUCGGGAACGUCAUUCAAUAACACGGUUGCCUUAACAUUUGAAAAACCCAUUCUCCUGAAAUCUGAAAAACAGUAUACAAUUAGUGUUCGAGAUAUAAAACCACAAACUUUUUUAGGGAUCGAUUGCAAAUCUGUUUGUAUUAAAGAUGGUGUUACAAUAACUUUUGAGAAUUCUCCGAAAUCUACAGUUUCUACCAAUGUUACGCAAGGACAGAUAGCAGGUAUCAUGUAUAGUGUUUGAUAUUUGUGCCAUUCACCGUUAUCAUUUUAAAGUCCAUAGAGAGGAUUUCGUACAUUUAAAAUAUUAAAAAAGAUUCCUAACUCUAAUAAAAAGGUACGUUUUUCAUUAUCUUGACUUAAUUUGUCAAAAAGACUAAAACACGUAUGAUUGUCGCACAAUACUUGUUUUCUGAAUGAACUUUUUUUCAGAAACGUUGAAGACCAAACUGUGUAAGUGAAAUACGCA